AUGAUUGUGGACUUCAGGAAGAGCACUGUCCCCCCGCCCCCACCCUCCGUGAUGGACUCCCCCAUCACCUCUGUGGAGUCCUUCCGUUUCCUGGGCACCACCAUCACCCAGGACCUCAAGUGGGAGCCGACCAUCAGCUCCCUCAUCAAGAAGGCCCAGCAGAGGAUGUACUUCCUGCGGCAGCUCAGGAAAGCCAAGCUGCCUGCACAGAUGUUGGUGCAGUUCUACACGGCCAUCAUCGAGUCCAUCCUCACCUCCUCCUUCACCUCCUCCAUCACCUCCUGCAUCACCUCCACCAUCACCUCCUCCAUCACCUCCACCAUCACCUCCUCCAUCACCUCCUCCAUCACCUCCUCAUCACCUCCUCCAUCACCUCCUCCAUCACCUCCUCAUCACCUCCUCCAUCACCUCCUCCAUCACCUCCUUCAUCACCUCCUCCAUCACCUCCUCCAUCACCUCCACCAUCACCUCCUCCAUCACCUCCUCCAUCACCUCCUCAUCACCUCCUCCAUCACCUCCUCCAUCACCUCCUCCAUCACCGUGUGGUUCGCUGGAGCCACAGUCAGGGACAAACAGAGACUACAGCGCAUUGUGCGCUCUGCAGAGGAAGUGAUCGGCCGCAGCCUUCCAUCGCUGCAGGACCUGACUGGGUGUUUCUGUGCUGCGCAGGGGGAAAAGUGUGCCACGCUUCUUAGAGGGGUAAGACGAGGAGAGGGGAGAGGUGGGGGCAGCGUCAGCCUCAGAAGAGGAGCUGAAGUGAGCACACAGUUGAGGAAUGUGGGUGUGGAGCUCUGCCAAGGGCCAUAUGUGAUCCUUAUGUUCCCCCAGAGCGGCCUGAGUGCAAAGGCAGCGGGGCCACGUCAGGACACAGGGUGA